AUGACCGAAAGUUCAGAUCAACAACAACAAUUAGAACAAUUAAAAUUAGAAACUUCACAAGAAUCAUCAAUUACAACCGAUGAUAAAGUAUGGACAGAUCAGGGAAUUAAUGAAAAUAUUGUACAAAAAAUUCGUUCAUACAUUGAAAAUGGUAAAUUAAAUUCAUCGGAUAUAGACAGUCGUUUAUGUGAACAACUGCGCUCAUUUCCCAAUGAUGCAAUCAGUAUUGAUUCGUUAUUCAAUGAAUUUAAUAAUUCAGAUUUAACUGGCGUAGUUAAUAAGGGUGCUUUUUUAUGUAAUUUAAUUAAACAAUGGAAAAUUCACCAUCCACAAGAACAAAAAUCUUCAGCUAGUUCUCAUAGUGGUGAUGAUGGAAACGGAAGUACCUAUGGAAAACACAAGCCAGGUCCAGAUGAAAUCAAACUUAAACAAAUUCUUGAACGAACUGGAUAUAAAAUGGAUAUCACCGCAGGCCAACGUAAAUAUGGUGGUCCUCCACCUGAUGGUCCUGAGUAUUCAGCACAAAAUAGCGAAGUUUUUAUUGGCAAAAUCCCACGCGAAGUAUUUGAAGAUGAGCUCAUUCCAAUUUGUGAAGAAGCUGGCAAGAUUUGGGAUUUACGUCUAAUGAUUGAUCCAGUGUCUGGUUUUAAUAAAGGUUAUUGUUUCGUUACAUAUUGCGCUCCAGGUGAAUCUGCCAAAGCAUGUGAACGACUCAAUGGUUAUGCUAUCCGUCCAGGAAAACUUUUAAAAGCAAACGGUAGUGUUGCUAAUCUACGUUUAUUUAUUGGCAAUAUACCAAAAACAAAAGCCAGAGAAGAAAUUCGUGAAGAGCUAACAAAAGUUGUUGAGGGUGUAACAAAUGUGAUAGUUUAUACACCAGCAGAUGAAGCUGAUAAGAAAAAAAAUCGCGGAUUCUGUUUUGUCGAUUUCGAUACACAUAAAAAUGCAUCUGUUGCAAAAAGAAAAUUAGGAAAUGCUCGUGUGCGGAUAUUCAACCGUGAUAUUGCUGUUGAUUGGGCUGACCCAGAUGAAGAGCCCGAUAAUGAUACAAUGUCACAAGUUAAAGUUUUGUAUGUUCGCAAUUUAACAUCGGAUGUAUCAGAGAAUGAUGUGAAAGAUGUAUUUUUACCCUAUGGAAAUAUUGAACGUGUUCGAAAAGUUCGAGACUAUGCAUUUGUUCAUUUUGAUAAACGUGAAGAUGCCUUGAAUGCAAUGCGUGCACUUGAUGGAAAAUUACUUGGACGUAAUACAGUGGAAAUUAGUUUAGCGAAACCAUUGAGUGAUAAACGUAAACAGGCACAAGUAAAACGUGAGCAUCGAAAACCAGGCGAUCCACCAUUUAAUCAACGCGACAGUUUUGACAACAAUUCACAAGGGGGACAUCAUGCUGGACCCAUGUCAGGUGGUAUGGGAAAGAAUCCACAACGUGGUCCUACGCAUUCGCCAGAUGAUUCAUUUAAUGCUAAUAAUUUCGGGGCCUUUUCUGGACAAUCUCCAAUGCGAGGAGGACCAGGAAAUAGAGGCAAUAUUGGUCGAGGUGGUGGCCCAUCAGGUGGUAAUCGUGGUGGAUUUUCGAACAAUCGUGGUGGCGGCUUUCAUGGAGGAAACCGCGGUGCUGGUGGUGGUGGCGGUGGCGGUAAUUUUAAUCAAAAUAACCGCGGUGGUUAUAAUAACAAUAAUAAUAAUAACAAUAAUAAUUUUCGAGGAGGAGGAGGAGGAUAUCAAGGGCCAUCACAAUAUAAUAAUCCUGGCGGUUUUAAUAAUGGUCCAUCCAAUAAUCCAAAUGAUUUCGGCGCCUUUAAUGGUCCACCACAAAAUAAUAAUGGUCGAAUGGGUAUGAAUAACAGUGGUUUUGGUAUGAAUUCAAUGCAACAAAAUCGACCAUACGGAGGAGGUAUGAAACGACCAGCGAAUCAGAUGAAUGACGGCAUGAUGGCUAAACGUGGUCGUCCUGACACUGGAUCAUGGGGAUCAAUGGGUGGUGAUGGUUCAAAUAAUAUGAAUAAAGGUGGCCCACAACAACAGAACGCUCGUGGUAACUGGUAUCAAGAUCAGGGUUACAACUCACAGCAACAAUCCAACUAUAGUUGGAAUUAA